AUGUCACUCAGAUUGUGUGCUUACAAGGAUUGCGAAAACCUUUACAUUGAUGGUCGCCCCAAUGGUAACUAUACCCUGUUUAUUUUCCCCAAAGAUGCUGAGCGUGCUAAAACGUGGAAAGAACUUGGGUGUGUUAACGAAAAAAUUCCGCCAAGAGAUUUAUUUAUGUGCUCACAACAUUUUGAUCCGAAAUAUGUGUCCGUAAGUAACAAACGCCGAGUUCUAGUACCUACGGCUGUGCCAAUUCCGUACAAAAACGUCGAAGCCUUGAACAAUACUGAAACAACUGAUACUGACACAUUGUCACCGGAUUAUGUUAUUAACAUUGAGACACAUAGUGAUGAAGAGCAUAUGCAGCUCAAAGUGGAGUCAACUACAGCGAACAUAAGUGAAGAGACCGAGGAAGGAGACACAGGUUGGACGCUGCAUUCGGUUAAACACACAAUAGUAGCAACGGAAGCCCCAACUCGAAAAACUAACAACUUCCCAAAAUCUUCUCAAACCGCAUCAACACAAUCCAAACGCCAGCGUCUUCUGGAAGAGGAACUGGAGGAAUCUGAAGCAGAUAUUCCUUCCGAUGAGCAGCUUAUUGAUAAGUCCUUGGUAUCAACGUUUAUUUUUCAAGGCGAGGAAUAUGUUCAAAUGCCCAAGGAAGUAUAUUUGAGUGAGAAACGUGACUUAUUGCAAACAUUGCACCAAUAUGAACAAGUGCUUAAAAACAUAAAAACUCAAGUCAGUCAAUUUGGCUUAUAAAACGUUAAGGCAAAUAAAUGUUAAAAAAGAUAUGUAUAAUAGUUUUUGUUGACGCAUAUUGUGUAUAUAUGUAAUUAUAAAAAUGAUUUAUUUUAUUAAUUUCAUUUCAAACAAA